AUGAGCGAGCUGCAGGCGCCUCAUACAAUUGAAUCGACGCAGUUGUCACACUGUGUGCCGUGUUUUAAAGAGGAACUGAAUGCAGAAGUGGCAGAACAGGUCCGCCUCCCCACGGCCUUCGACCUUAAUGAACCCAGCACGCCUACGGACUACCACUCACAGCAAAUAAUCAUUAUGGGGGGGUGUCCGCAGAUUGAAACCCCCUGUGAGUGA